AGAUUAAGACCACAUAGUAUUCCAGGCUUGGAGUCGGAGUCUUCGCCUUUAUUGUCGAGCCGGAAAAGAUCAAACUUUCACAGGAACAACACUGUUGAUGGGGAUCUGGAGAUGAAGGAUGCAUUCAACGAUCAGUUUGCAAAACUGGUGGAUAAAUACAACUUGAGCAGUUCAAAUGACGAUAAGUUUGAAGAGUAUUCAUCCCAAGUGAAGAGUUUGAAAGAUAAGAUUAAACAGUUGGAAUUGGAAAACUCAGAUUAUAAAGCACAAAUCGCAAAAGUCUCCAACCAAGAUGAGAAUCUUUUAAAGAGAAAUAUGGAACUUACCAAGGAGAUCAACAAGUUGAACGAAUACAUCAAGUUUUUGGAUUCAAAUUUCCAAGAGAUGUAUGAUACAUGGCUUGAAGAUCAGCAUCAAAGACAGAAAUUGAUACAGAGAAUACAAGAUAUGAAAUUGGAGACUGUCAAGACUUCCCGAAGAAAGCCACCCACGAGAUCAACAAGUCCUCAAAAGGUCCAAUUAAGCCCCUACAAACUAUCUCCACCAAGGACUUCACCUCUCAAAUCCAUAAUCAACGAAGACACUACAGAGUUACUCAGAUUUAGUUAAUAAUUUUAAUGUACACACUUUUACACCAUCAUCUGAUCUAUCCGGCAGUGUUGGAAAAGUGGCUGUAGAUUAGACAUGAUUCACUCCUCAUCAUCCUCAAAGACAUCACUUCCGUAGUCCUUUUCAUCAUCGUCUCCAUCUUCCAUGACAAGGUCCUCAUCAUCAAGAGACUCCACCUCCUUUGAUUUGUUCUUCUUUCUCUCCUCUUCCUCCUCUGCUAACGAUUCUCUCAAGAUUCUAACCUUCUCCUCUUUAACUUCUCUGUGUACUUUAACGUACACACCCAGUGGUGUCUUCUCCCAUGAAAGGUCCU